AUGGAGACUCGAGAACCAAUAACGGAGUGGCAGUCGGGAAACUCCGUGAGAAAUCUGGCGAGUCAGGUGGUUCAGGGGCUCUGGUGGGCGAAGAGAAUUCAUCAGCGUCACAAGGAUCUUCCUCCGCCGAUGAGUGAGGAAGUUGAACAGGGCAUGGCUCGUUGCCACGGAGGGGGAAGGCGGGGAGACGACCAUCAUAUUCCUCUUAGAAAACCGUCUACCGUGAUGAGGUAG